CUAUUUAUUUAGGGUUUGCUGGUUACUCUCUCUGCCACUGCCACUGCCACUGCGGCUGCUGCAUAUUUGGGGAUACUCGGUCUCCUUUUCGAUCGCUUCCAUAACCAGGUACCGGUGAAGAUCAAGGGACAAUGGUGGAAAAGACGAAAGGUAGAAAGGAGGAGGUGGUUACUAGGGAAUACACUAUCAACCUUCAUAAGCGCUUGCAUGGCUGCACCUUCAAAAAGAAGGCUCCUAAAGCCAUCAAGGAGAUAAGAAAGUUUGCAGAAAAAGCCAUGGGGACGACAGAUGUGAGAGUGGAUGUGAAACUAAACAAGCAUAUAUGGAGCAGGGGUAUUAGAAGUGUCCCAAGGAGGGUUAGGGUCCGCAUUGCUCGCAAAAGGAAUGAUGACGAAGAUGCCAAAGAAGAACUCUACUCGCUUGUUACCGUUGCAGAAAUCCCGGCUGAAGGACUAACGGGACUCGGAACCAAGGUAAUCGAUGAUGAAGAUUGAUCAAGAUAUCACAAAAAAAACUUCAUUUUUUGUUCUACUCAUAUGCUUUGAUAGCUUGAUUUUGUUCCAAAACUAUCCAAAUGAAAUUUUUGCCCCGAGAUCUUGGAUUUUGAUGUAUUGUGUAUGGCGAAUCGAGGGUAUUCCUUUUAAGCAAAUUAUCCGUACUUCUUUA